GGUGACGUCAUUGGAUGACAGCUAGCUGUCAGAAAGUGAGUUCAUUCCCCCGAGCCGAGGAGACGGAACGCCGUCAAUAGAUUUUUACCCUUCCGCUGAUAUAUAGCACAUCGAGUCAGCGAGACAACGGACCAAGCUUUCCACCGAGCCCGGCCAUGGAUGAACAGGCGGGGCCCGGCGUGUUCUUCAACAAUAAUAACAACUCCAUUUUACCCGGCGGUGGAAAAGGACCUCUGCCCGAUGGCGACGCUGGGGAGGCGGCUAGGGCGCAGUACAGUAUCCCGGGGAUCUUGCACUUCCUGCAGCACGAAUGGGCCCGUUUCGAAGUAGAAAGGGCACAAUGGGAAGUGGAACGAGCCGAAUUACAGGCCCAAAUCGCCUUCCUGCAGGGGGAAAGGAAAGGCCAGGAGAACUUGAAGAAAGACCUUGUCAGAAGGAUCAAAAUGCUCGAGUAUGCGCUGAAGCAAGAGAGAGCCAAGUACCACAAGUUAAAAUAUGGGACAGAGUUAAACCAAGGUGACAUGAAGCCUCCAAGCUACGACUCGGACGAGGCCAAUGAGAACGAGACUUCUGGAUCGCUCAACAAUCAGCUGUCCUGGAAACAAGGCCGUCAGCUCCUCAGACAGUACCUACAGGAGGUGGGCUACACAGACACCAUCUUAGAUGUAAAGUCCCAGCGAGUCCGAGCACUGCUAGGACUAGCCGGGGAUGGAGCUGGAAGGACAGGUGAACGCACGAGCACCGAGCCUUUGGUCAACGGGACAGACGCAACAACAAAGGGCACCAGAGGGAAAACGGAGCUCUCUGACACCAGCGCUGUACUGGAAGCCUUCAAGUUCAUUGAGAAUGCAGCUGCUGAGUUCAGCGAUGAAGACGAGGAAGAGGAGAGCGAGGGGAAAGACAGGACUAACGUGGAAUCGAGGACGAUCAUCAGGAAGAAGCCUGCAUCGUCUACGUCGCCCGCCAGUAUGGACACCACUGAGGACCCUGACACAGAGGAAGUGAUGAAGGGCUUCGACUUCCUGUCUAGUCCUGACGAGAUGGACACCUCGCCAGAGACUAGAGGCACCGGGGACGGCACAGACUGGGAAAAGGACGAGCAGGUUCCCAUUUCUGAGGCCUGGGACGUGGACCCGGGCCUGAUAACCAAACUCAAGGAGCAGUACAAAAAGGAGCGCAAGGGGAAAAAGGGGGUGAAGAGACCCAACCGAUCCAAGCUGCAGGACAUGCUGGCUAACCUUCGAGAUGCAGAGGACUUAUCCCACAUCCAGCCUGCACCCGCCCCUCAAUCCCGGCCCAACGUACCCCGAUUCAACGAGCACGAUGCAAACCGAACGGAUGAAGUUGAGUCGCUGACCUUCCCGCCCACCUCAGGGAAGUCUUUCAUAAUGAGCACGGACGAGGCCAUGGAGAGUGAGCUGGGCCUGGGGGAGCUGGCUGGACUCACUGUGGCCAACGAGGCAGACAGUCUCGCCUACGAUAUUGGAAACAACAAAGACGCCAUGAGAAAAACAUGGAACCCCAAAUUCACUCUGAGGAGUCAUUUUGAUGGGAUUCGGGCUCUGACCUUCCACCCCGUGGAGCCCGUCCUGAUCACCGCUUCAGAAGACCACACGCUCAAGAUGUGGAACCUCCAAAAGACCGCUCCUGCCAAAAAAAGUACGUCCUUAGAUGUGGAACCGAUCUACACUUUCAGGGCUCACAGGGGUGCUGUACUGAGUGUGGCGAUGAGCAGUACAGGGGAGCAGUGUUUCAGCGGCGGUGUCGACGGGACUAUUCAGUGCUGGAACACCCCCAAUCCCAACAUCGACCCCUACGACUCAUACGAUCCAUCUGUGCUGCGAGGAGCCCUGAGCGGACACACGGACUCUGUUUGGGGUUUGGUGUACAGCAGCGCACACCAGCGCCUUCUCUCCUGCUCCGCGGAUGGGACGGUGAGACUGUGGGACGCCAACACCACCUCACCUGCCCUCGCAGUAUUCAACGAAAACAAAAAGCUGGGAAUUCCCUCCUCGGUAGAUCUGGUGUGCAGUGAUCCAGCUCAUCUGGUCACAUCUUUCACAAACGGGCAAAUCGGCCUCUUCAACAUGGAGACCCGUCAGCUGGUUCUCAGUCUGGAGUCCAAUUUGGAGCCAGGCACUCCCUCUCACAUCAACAAGGUCCUCAGCCAUCCCACUCUACCCAUCACCAUCACUGCGCAGGAGGACAGACACAUCAAGUUCUUUGACAACAACAGUGGGAAGCUGAUUCACUCCAUGGUGGCCCAUCUGGAUGCUGUCACCAGCUUAGCAGUGGACCCUAAUGGACUUUAUCUUAUGUCAGGCAGUCACGACUGCUCUAUCCGUCUGUGGAACCUGGAGAGUAAAACCUGCAUCCAGGAGUUCACGGCUCACAGAAAGAAGUUUGAGGAAUCGAUCUACGAUGUGGCGUUCCAUCCGUCAAAAUGCUACAUUGCUAGUGCUGGAGCAGACGCUCUCGCCAAGGUGUUUGUAUGACGCGGAGCUGCGUCUCCCCCCACAGCCCCGCUCUCUGACUCAUCUUCCCGUGAUCAGGGACCAAUGGCGACACAGCAGAGGAAGGACCUUCAGGCAGGGAUCCAAUCCCACCUCACCCAGCCCACUGGUCUCCUGUCGGACUUGCAGACUAUGUAGCCACUAGCAGGGCUGUGACUGUCCAUAGAAAGGGUCAGCAGGGAGGCCAGUCGGGAGGGGAACUGCCCUUCUGGUCCCCCGUCUACCAUCCAGGCAGGCCUGGGUGUGACCGGCCACAGCGCCCCUGCAUACAGACUCAAAUUUAACCUCGAAAGCUCGGAGGCUCAGGACAAGUGUUAGAGCGUGAAGUGGAGAAAUGAAGUCUCAAGCCCCGUCUUCUUCUUCUGCCCGUGUGGUUUCACGCUCACCCCGGAUCCCUCAGGCCCUCGACCUUCCCUCUGAGACAAAACCAGGUCCGGGCCCUUUACUCCAAGUCAGGUUUUGUGUUGUUGUGUUCCAGAAACGUGGGGUACCGAAGGUCCGCUGGAGCUGUCACGGAAGCCUCUCACUUCCUCUUUGUCUGCUUCCCAGACUGACUCUGCUUGCUGGCCUGCCUUUAUUUUCCUUUUUAAAAACACGUAUUGACAAAUGUGCCUUUGCUUUAAAAAGGUCUUGAAAACGUUAUUUUAACAAGCUUGUUUUCGGGGAACAGGGAGGGAGGGGGGUGGCGGCGAAUCGGAGCUGGUUGUCACAAAGUUGUUGAUUUUAACAUUGGAUGUAAAAUUACAAAUGCUUAUAAUAAACAAAAUAUAUAUUCAGUCUUAAAAUUUACUGUGCAGCGUGAGUUUGAGUGCUCCUUUUUGAUAAGUGUGGUUGGGGAAUCAGUUUUGUGCAUUUCAAAGCUGGUAGAGUGAUAAAAACCAUUAAUUAUAUUGCCUGUUUGUUAGAUUCAAGUAAUUGUACACUUCAGAAGUAAGAUUACCAACAUAUGUGUCCAAAGUAAACCAUCUUGGUUAUAUAAUUACAAUUCAAACUUGGUUCUAGAUGUCAACGUUAGGCAUAAUUAACUGAUUUUUGGCCAGUUUGCUCAUGUUUGAAGUGAAUGGCUUGUACUGUAUGUAAUUUUCCCCAGUCGUGUGGACAUGCUGAACUACAAUGUGAUGUAUCAUGUCCAGAUAUUUACAGUAGUCCAGUGUUUAGCAGGAAAUUAGUGCAGUACUUUAGGACUAUUUGAAAUGAGUUGACCAUCCGACACCAAGGGAAGAGAAAUGUCCUGCAAUUCCAGUUUACUGUAAACUGAGGAGGGUAAUAAGAGAAGUUACGAUGUUGUACGAGUAGAGUACAGCUUCAAAUGAGCCAUUUUCUCAGUCACUGGUUUGUAUAUGAAAGUAUGUUCAAAAUAAAACCUGCUGUAAAAUGUUAA